AUGGCGCGGGGUGGUCAAGGGCAUCGCAUGCCAAACCCCUCAACAGAUGGAGGAAUGGGUGCUCAGGCAGCAAGUGCCAGUGCGUCUGUCUUUAAUGUGCUAAUGAUGGUGUUCGCUCAUCGAAGACUCCAUGCAUCACCUUUGAGACAUAAAGCGAUUCAAUUCCAGCAUCAUGCUCCGAUACGAAAGCUCCCACUGCUUGUCCAAGACCAAGACAGAAGUGCUGGGCAAGAAUUCAAAGCAGCUCCUCCCGAGCUCCGCAGACAGGGCACAGAACCUUCUAGAAGAUUCCUAGUGGACUCAUACACUGGCCAACUCAAGGAGUAUAUCAGUGAGAUGGAGCGGAGAGUUGGAAACCACUAUGUCCCUCCAAGCCUUAAUGAAUUCAGACAAGGCUCUCAGAACUCCCGGGUUACACUAGUUGACGUCAGGACAGGGAAGCAGCUGGCUUAUCUCUCUGAGAUGGAGAGGAGUUCUGGAAACCGGCAAUAUGGGCCUGAAACAGACCUCCAUCCAGAAACUGAUUCCUGUCCUGGGGAGGUGAUUAGUGGCAAGUGCUAUUAUUUUAAUCCCACUCCGCAGACCUUCAGUGAAGCAGAAUCUUCCUGUAAACAAUUCUCACCUAAUGGACACUUGGCCUCGGUGACAACCGCAGAACUACAUGCUCGCCUUGUUGCCAUGGUGUCCAAAGCAAACAGUGCUCCUGUCCUGACCUGGCUUGGAGGAGUCCUGAAGGAAAAGCAGUUCCGGUGGACUGAUGGAUCCUCUUGGGGCUACAGUGACUGGAUGCCAGGUCAUCCUGACACAGCAACAGAUAGGAAGACAUGCCUGGAAAUGUUCCGAACUGACGAGAGCUGGUGGACCGCAGUGGACUGUGGCUUAAAGAGAGCCUCAGUCUGUUCUUUCUCCAUGACUGCAUGA